AUGGAAGCUCUUGUGCGCGAAGCAGCAGCCGCGACGAGCGCCGAACAUGAGAUGGAUUUGCUGACUGCCUUGAAACUUUACCGUAAGGCUGUCGGCUGGUCUGUCCUGCUAUCAACCGCCAUUAUCAUGGAAGGUUUUGAUGGGGUGAUUCUGGGCAGCCUUUAUGCAUACCCGCCGUUUCAGAGGAAAUUUGGCGAGAUCCAGCCAGACGGAGCAUACCAGCUUACUGCAGCAUGGCAGUCAGGUUUGUCCAACGGCGCCCUGGUGGGCGAGAUCCUUGGGCUCUUUCUGAAUGGUAUCAUCGCAGAGCGUAUAGGCUACCGGUACACAAUGCUAGGUGCCCUGGUUCUUGUUACAGCCUUCAUCUUCGUCGUCUUUUUUUCCGAAACACUCGUCCAGCUGUUUAUUGGCGAAAUUCUUUUGGGGAUACCUUGGGGGGUAUUUCAAACACUGACGACUACGUACGCAUGUGAGGUCUGUCCUAUAGCCCUACGUGCUUAUCUCACCACAUAUGUUAACCUGUGUUGGGUGUUGGGUCAAUUUCUUGCUUCAGGUGUACUGCGAGCAAUGGUCUCCCGCACGGACGAAUGGGGUUACAGAAUCCCGUUCGGGCUACAGUGGAUGUGGACGGUCCCCCUCAUCAUCGGUGUAUCAUUUGCCCCUGAGUCGCCUUGGUGGCUUGUUCGCCGAGGUCGAGUGGAAGACGCGAAGAGUGUACUUGUUGGACUCACGAGCAAGCUUCACGAUGCCAAUUUCAAUGCCGAUGAGACCAUUUCCAUGAUGGUCCAUACCAAUGAGCUCGAGAAGGCUGUCUCCAAAAGCACGACUUACUCGGAACUAUUCAAGGGUUCUGUAUCAUUUCGCCGCACUGGGCUGGUCUGCAUCGUCUGGGCAAUCCAGACGCUGUGUGGCUCGACGUUCAUGGGAUACUCGACGUACUUUUAUCAACAAGCCGGUAUGGCCGUGGACGUCUCUUUUACUAUGACUCUGGUACAAUAUGUAAUGGGCACCCUCGGUACAAUCGCUUCCUGGUCCCUGAUGCGGUGGUUUGGCCGUCGCUCGCUCUAUCUUUGGGGACAACUUAUCAUGUUCGUGCUCCUGCUUGCCAUCGGCUGCACUGCACUCACUGGCAAAAGCAACGACGCUGCACAAUGGGCUAUUGGGACACUUCUACUGUUGUACACAUUCGUGUACGAUAGUAGUGUUGGGCCGGUGUGCUACUCUCUCGUAGCGGAGUUAUCGUCAACUCGACUACGGGCCAAAACUGUGGUGUUAGCAAGAAAUGUGUACAACGUGGUCGGCAUCGCCACCAACUUUAUUACUCCUCGCAUGUUGAAUCCAUCAGCAUGGGACUGGGGCGCUAAGGCCGGCUUUUUCUGGGCUGGAAGUUGUCUUUUUUGCGCUAUUUGGACGUUCUUCUGCCUUCCCGAACCAAAAGACCGGACAUACGCAGAGUUGAAUGCGUUGUUUGAGCAAAAGGUCUCGGCAAGAAAGUUUCAAUAUACCGAUGUCGAUCUAUUUUCGUUUACGUCAUCGCUCGAAAUGACUAAAUAUCGUGCUUCACCAGAAUAUCUCGAAUCGUUUUCCAUCUAA